AUGCUCAUGUAUAUGCUGCCAUUGGCCUUGUUGGCCACAUCAGCUCUGGCUGAACCAGACGAGGCCAGCGUCCCCUUUGGGGGUGACUUAUACGUUGCACCUGGUCGUGCAAACCGCCUUCAAAAACGUGCCGGAGCAGACUUCGGAGUGCUCAAGUUCAACUGCAAAGGAGGUGAAGCAGCGUGCAACAACGCAUGCUACUACAUCAACUGCCAAGCACAGGCACACAACAUAAAAGACGCUGACAAAAUCGUCUACACUGGUCCAAACUCCAAAGAUAACGACCAAAAUCGCCGUGAGUCCGGCUGUCAAGCUCGCCACCCACAGAAACCACACGAUUCUGUGACAAGUGUUUGUCAAGCGUUCCCGUACAGUCAAGUACUCAUCCCAAGUGAUAAACAAUCACAAGCUCUGGACUGGCAAUGCGAUGAGUGGCCACCGGCCUCAUCUCAGCAGCAGCCAUUCGGAUCUCAAGGGCGCGCUGCCAAUUCUCUCCGCUGUAUGCCUGGAGCAGAAAAUCGCGCCUUGGGCAGUCAGCUUGCGGCGUUUUACUUGGGUAGGGGGAACUUCCCUGGUCGUAAAGGCAAGGGUGCAAUGGCGCGUGACGACUACGCCCAUGUCGAAUUUGAUGUGUCAAAUGCCGAUAAGAGCAAAGUCCCUUUCUGUAUUAAGAACGCUGGCACUUAUAACUGUGGCAAUGACGGUUAUCAGUUUGGCAUGACCAGAAAGGAUUUGAAAGAUGGCAAGAUCUCGGCACCAAUUGCGCCAAAUGCCAAGGACAAUUUGUAUGCUCUUCAAAAUACAGUUUACAAGGACAUACUGCAGUGUUCAGUAAAGUUUACACGCGAUGGAGAUAAAGAUUUCAAGGAUGUUGUACUUUCGGAUGCGGAUGACAAAGAUCAUAAAGCUGCUGAUUGCAAUAUUUCUGGUGGCACUGGAGAUUGCACGCUUAAAGGGUUGCCCAAGGACUUGAAGUUGUCCAAGACAGGAGCACUCGGAUCGGUUAUCAAGUUUGAAUAUGCUCCUGGAGAGAAAAAUGCCAACAUCAACUGGUUCGCGUGGGACACUGAUUCCAAGGGAACAGGGAAAGGACCGGCUACAAAUGAUGGCGACUCGGAGUCGUAUUGCAAGAAGGCAAAGAAUGGAAACAAGGAAGAUGUAGAAUGCUGGUUUCCUUGUUACAAGAGUAAGGACGGUCGAUGA